AUGUCUUUAGAUCUAAGUAACUAUUCCUAAAUGUAGUAGUAUUACAUUUAGAAAAAACUACCUGAAUUCUCUUCUAUCCCUUAACACCCUAAAUAAAUUAAGAAUCAUCAGUAUUACAAUGAUAACACAAAUAUUUGGAAUAAUAGAGCACAAACUGCAAAUAAAAACUAUGCAUUUUACCAUUAGUAGAUAGAUCAAGGAAAACCCAUAAUUUAAAAAAUGAAGGAUAAAGAAGUUGUGGAUCGCUUGAUUCAAGAAGAGUGCAGAAAGGAUUUUAUUAUCACUUAAAAAUAGAUAGAUAGACAAAGACUUUAAUCUCGUAAAUAAGAGAGGUUAGCUCUUCAAUUAGAAAGUAUGCAAGAUAUUGUUAAUAAAGAUGGGAAAGAGAUAAAUUCUUUUUUAGAGCUUACAACUCAUCCUUCAAAUAUAAAUUCUAUGAGCAUUAAUAACAUGGUUUAUGUGAAAAGUAGUGCAUAGUAGAAUUAGAAUCCUUUAUUAGGAAGAGCUCCUUAUCAGUGGAAUAAGCUGAAUUAAACGUCAGAAAAGUAUAUCAAAUAAGCUAUAAAUCCUAAAAUUAUUUAAAAAGAUGAAGAAGCCGUUCACAGCAUAGCUAAUCGUAUUUAAUAAGAUAACGAAGUGGAUAUACUAAAAUAGUAAAGCUUCUCCAAAAUUCAUUUACAAACCCGCUAAAUGUUUCUCUAACAACACUAAAAAAAUGUAGAUUUUGAAAAGAAAUGUGGCUUAAUUCCACAAGAAAAACCUAUAGUAAUAAUUCAAUCUAAGAUUAACAAACAAACACUUGCCCCUUUGGCUAAAAAAUUGGUUAGCAGCAUGAGUGCAAAAUAACUGGUUGUCAGGUCACCUAAUUUAAAUGAGGGUUACAACUAAGAAUAUUAAAUAGAAAAAGUUAAUUAAUAAUAAGCAUUUUCUUCAGAAUAAGAUUUGAUUAAAGAAAAUUAAAAUUAAAGAUAAAAUAUUGCAACUCCUGAAACUCUUAGAGAAGAUGCUUAAAAUAGUGCAAGAAAAAAUGUUUAUGUUCAAUAGAAAUCUCCAAACAAGUCUCAACCCAUCCAAAUUAUGCUCAACUAAAAUACAAAUGAUAUACAUAAAAAUCUAUAAUACUCAACUUUACCGUAUUAAGAAGAAACAGAAAACAGGUAAAACGACAGUAUAAUUAUCUAAUAUAAUGAUAAAAAUAAUCAAUAAACAAAACAGUAAGUAGAUCAAAUAAAUUUUGGUGAUGAAAAAGAAUAAAUUGCAUUAAAAAAUAGAAGAAAAUCUUCAAUGGCGAAGGAGAGCGAUUAAUCUGAGAUUCACUCAAUAUUAAAAAUGAAUGUGCAGAAUAUGGCAGUAAAUGCUAAAUCGUAACGUGCAGGAUCAUUUUACUAAGAACAAAAACAGUUAAAUAAUAAUAAAAAUGUAGGUAAUUAAAUCGAUUAAUUUGCCACUGAUAGAGAAUUUUUGACAAGUGCAGAAUCCCAUAAUAAAAAAUAAGUAAAUUUCUAAGCAAAUGUAAAUUAAGUUGUUUAGAUAGAUAACCAAAGAGAAACUCAUAAUAAUGUUGUUUUUGCUUAAAAAAAUCUUGAUGAUAUCUAACAACCUGCAAACAAUUACAAAACAAGAAGAAUAGAUGAAUUGGCAUAACCUAAAGUGGAAUUCGCUCCUAAAGAAUUUUUAGAUAGAUCAGAAUAUAAAGGAUUGCUUACAACUGAAUUAAAUAAUGUAAACGUUAAUUCAGAUACUGAAUUCGCUAGAAUGAUGAUGCUAAAUAGUUAAAUCGUUAAUAGUCAUAUCAAUAACUCAUAAAGACCAUCCACUCGCUAAAGCAAAAUAUCUCGAAUUACUUAAACAAACACAAAUACGUUCUCAUUUGUGCGUCCAUCUACAACAGCUAGUGGCACCAGAUCAAUAAUUUAUAAAAACCCUUAAAAUAUUUCCACAUCUAAUCUACAAGCUAAUGAUUUUUAUUUUGCUUCUUCAAGUGUUCCCUAUAAUAGCUGUGUAAACAGCACAAGUAACAAAAUUCAUUCUACAAAAGAUAUCCACAAAAUGAAUGCCGAAUCCACCCUUCUUAUUGACCAAAAAAAUGAGUUACUUUCAGAAAUUAAUAACUUUGAAAAGAAAUAUUAAUUCGUUAAAGAAAAUCGGGUAGGAUUUUCUAAAUCUAAUUUGAUGAAAUUUUAAUAGAAGGAGACUUUUAUGAGUGCAAAAUCUGCUCUAGGUUAAAAAUGA